AAUAACAUGUCUACAGUCGAGCCCUCACCCACAUCGAACCCACCUCCCACCGAGGUCCCUCUUCCCGCACCCACUACCGCCGAAGUCACCAAUGCCGAGUCAUCAGUUCCAGUCGCCUCUGAACCGGCCGUGGAAGCGCCAGCCAAGGUCGAGGAGACCGCCUCAGCAGUAGAGACUGCACCCCCCGCAACCGCAGCACCUGCCGAGACGACCGCGGCUGCCGAGCCUGAGAAACCGAAGGAGGCAGAGCCUGAGGUCGAUGAGCCUCAGAAUGCGUUGACGAAGAAGUUUACGGAGAAGGAAUGGGCGGCUUUGAAGGAGUUCAGGAAAUUGCUUCCUGAAAUAUUCGCAAGCGCGUAUGAGGAGAAAGGGGAGGCGAAGCGUCAGCCCAUUAAGAUUUGGGGAGUCACUAUCGACCCGAAUGGCAAGCCGGACGCGAAGGUCAGCGUUGUGCUCAUGAAGUGGCUUCGUGCGAGGAAUCUGAAUCCGGCUGAGGCGAAAGCGAUGAUGAUUGCCACACUCCGCUGGCGCGACGAGUUCAAGGUGGAUGAAGCUAUUAACGAGACGUUUGACGCUAAGAUCUUCGGGAAUAUGGGCCAUGUCUAUGGGAAGGAUAAGGAAGGCCGACCUGUAACAUAUAACGUAUACGGAGGCGAGCAGGACUUGAAGGCUGUCUUUGGUGAUGUUCCACGUUUCUUGCGAUGGCGUGUCCAACUCAUGGAGAAAGGUAUUGAGGAAAUCGACUUUGAGACCGUCGAUUCCAUGGUGCAGGUUCAUGACUACGAAGGUGUCUCAAUGAGUAGCCGCGAUGCUAACUCGAAGCAGGCUGCCUCGGAAGCCAGCUCUAUCUUCCAGAACCACUAUCCUGAGUUCCUCUCGCGCAAGUUCUUCGUCAACGUUCCUUCGUUCCUCACCUGGAUCUUCUGGCUCUUCAAACCUCUCCUUUCCGCGGCCACGGUCGCCAAGAUGCAGGUGGUCGGCACUGGUCCUCACGCCAUCGGCAAGGCCCUUCUCCCCGUCGUCGAGAAGGACCAGCUUCCCAAGAGAUAUGGAGGAGAUGCAGAGGCGUUCUAAACUCUCGUGGCUUUAGUCUGGUGGUGGAGUCCUCAUGAUCGAAACAGUUUCGUCUUUCAGUCGCGCCUAGCUCACUUCCCGCACCCUAAAGGGGUUUUUGGUUAGUUUCCUCACUUGUUCAUAUGCUGUUCACUUUGGUUUCGUGUAUUUUUUGCUUCUGUCGCUGCUUGUUUCUGCUUUCCGGAUGUCUUUCACUCAUGGGGAUCAGUUUUGUGCACAUACCCCAUACUAUUU